UGUAAAUGUUAGUCCGUCGGUAUUCUGUACCGUCUGCGGGUGUUCGUGUUCCUUCAAAUCGGUACGCAGUGCCGUCCGCGGGUAAACUUGUUUUCAAUCUUGUGCUCAGAUAAAUUAAUAGUAUGUCUCGGUUUCGUCAAAUUUACGGAGAUGAUAAGAUCGCAGCAGUUUUACAAGAGCUAGAAGACAAAGUUGAAGUUAAUGAUGCUGAUCCAAUUGCUGACUUUAGUGAUGAUAGUGAGGGGGAAGAUGAGGUAAUAUUACCUAACGAUCAAUCAAGUGACAGCGAGUUAUCAAUAGACGAACGAGAUAGCAAUCCACCUCCAUCUGUAAGUCUUAAUGAUAAUGCCGACUUUGACGUUUUUAUAGGAAAAAAUGGAGAGACUUUUUGGUUCAGCAAUGCUUUAGCUUUGCCUAAACAAAAAAUUAAGUCUAAAAAUAUAGUAAAAAUUUUACCAGGACCGACAGGUUUUUCAAGAGAAGCCAAAAGUGAAAAAGAUAUUUUUCUAAAAUUUUUUCCACUUGAAAUAAUUGACAAAAUUGUUUUGUGCACUAAUAAAUUCAUUGAUAAGCGAGCUAACAAAAUCCAUAACAGAUGUAUUGAACUGGGCAAUGAAUUCAGGAGUAGGGAAUUCAAAACGACUACAAGAGGCGAAAUGUUGGCCCUAAUAGGAAUAUUUUUCUAUAUGGCCACAUGCAAGACAAAUCGAGCGAACACGAAAACUUUUUGGAAAACAGACGGUACUGGUAUGGUAUUAUUUCACGCAGCGAUGAGUUAUAAUAGAUUCUUCUUCUUAUUGCAAGCUCUUCAGUUUGAUGAUUUGGAUACUCGGAAUGAAAGACAAAAAUCUGAUAAACUUGCAGCAGUAAGAGAAAUGUACACAACUUUCAAUGAAAAUUGCAUGAAAAAUUAUUCUUCUUCUGAAUUCGUUACUAUAGAUGAAAUGUUGUACGCUUUUAGAGGAAGGUGUGGGUUUAUACAAUACAUGCCAACCAAGCCUGAAAAUAUGGACUUAAAUUUUACGCAUUGUGCGAUGCGAAAACAUUUUAUGUUCAUAAUUUUGAGAUAUAUUGUGGCAAACAAAAACCCGGACAGUUCUUCGUAUCCAACAAACCACACGAUAUUGUUAUGCGACUUAUUGAACCUCUUAAGAACUCAAAACGAAAUUUGACAACCGACAAUUAC